CAUGCAACCACAACACAGCGGCUUGUCUUGUCCUUUUGUGUCAGUUGUCUAGGAUAUUGUCUGUUUAAAUUAUUCCCGUGUCCACAGGGAUGUCCGUGCUACGACAAAAUAAGACCUGGGAGAUUUCGGAAUCAGAGAAUGACAGUGACGCUGAGAAAGUCAUAGAUUUAGCGCCAGACGAGAAGCUCGAUGACUCAAACAGAGGAGCUUGUGAGGUGGACUGCAAAGACGCCUCCGAAACGAGCAGCCAAACAUCGAGACUCUCAGCUCCACCACCCAGUGGGACUCGGACACCUAGUCCUGCUAAAAAACGACGAUCGAAGGAGGAGAUCGAGGCUGACCGAGAGCGGGCCAAGCAGAGGAGGGAGGACCGGGAGAAGCAGCGAGAAGCCAAAGCGAAGCAGAAGGAGGAGCGCAGACAAGAGAUCCAGAGGAGGAAACAGGCAGCAGAGACCCUCAAGAGUCUGAAGCCCGAGAACUGCCUCAAGUGUCUGACUGUCUGUAUAGACCCAGUUCUUUUGCAACAUGAGGGCGCAGAUAUUCUUCUUGACACUCUCUGCGAGUUGGACUGGAGAUACCGAGUUGACGGUCAGCAGAUCCCGCACAGCAUCACCUGGACCAGAGAGUUACUUCAACAGGUGGAAGCUGGCCAGGGGCUGGUGGAGGAGGAGCACGUGCUGCAGGUCUUGACCCUAACAGACCUUUUGGAUGUGCUGAUCUCUGUCAAGAAGAUGUUAGACAAUGAAGAGGAUGAGUUGGAGGGAGGCGUGCUGCUCCGACCUCUACUGGAGUGUUUAAACCGUGACGCCAAGAAGGAGGUGACCUUGUUAGUGAUGGACUCUCAGGCUGAGUUUUGGUCCAAAGCUUUUGUUGGAUAUGGACUCGGUGAAACUCUACAAUCCAUUGGCGUGAAAUAUAUGGACAUGGAGGAGGUUCUUGUGUACUUGCAGCUUAACAAAAACAUCUCUCUGGUCUUCCUGGAUGGCUGGCAGGGUGUUGCCAACCAUGUGUGCGCCGUCACCAAGGCGUUGUCUAAACGCCCCUUUAAAUUAUUGACUGAUCAGGUGGAACUCCCCUUCUGUGUGGACGGGUCCUGGGCAAGUGGGGUUCGGGUGGAGAAGGACGGCUCCGGGCUGAAGCAGGUGUGGAGCAGACAGAUCCAGCAGCUGAACCGAGUGAGUCCUGCUGUGGCUGCUGCGGUGACGGAAGCCUACCCAUCUCCUCAGCUGCUGCUUCAGGCGUACCAGAGUCUGGAGCUGGAGGUGAUGAGGAAGGGGCUCUUGGCUCCUCUGACAGUGAAGACGGAAGACAAAGAGAGAAGAGUUGGACCUGAUAUAUCCUCCAGGGUUUACCGAUGCUUCACAGCACAGAACCCACAGCUGGUUCUGGACUAACAGUUACUGCCUGUUAUUAGUCAGGUAUUAGCUCUUGUGGCUGAUGAUUGUAUUGAGAGAUCAUGUAGAUAUA